AUGUUUGAGUCACUUGUAGCAGGUAUACUUAACCGUGUGCUUGGUUCAUACGUCGAGAACUUUGAUAGUAAACAAUUGAACAUUGGAAUCUGGAGUGGUGAUGUUAAGCUUAAGAAUCUUAAACUAAAGAAAGAAUCUCUUGAUGAAUUGAAACUUCCCAUCAACGUCAAGUUUGGUCACAUUGGAGAAUUGAGUCUCAGCAUCCCUUGGUCCAAUUUAAAAGGUAAACCCGUUAAAAUUGUUGUGGAAGAUGUUUAUCUCUUAGCGUACCCCAUUUUGCCUGAAUCAUAUGAUCCCGAGGAACAAGCACAACGAGAAUUCAAAUUGAAAUUGAACAAAUUGAAAGAGUUAGAAGCAAUUGAGUUGGCAAAGAUCCAAGGAGAUCAAUUGAAACCCGAUCGUGAUAAUAAUAGUGGCGAUAGCGCUGCUACUGCUGCGGCUGCUAACAAUCAGUCAUUUGCUGAAUCUUUGAUUACAAAGAUUAUUGAUAAUUUACAGUUUACUAUUAAAAAUAUCCAUAUAAGAUAUGAAGACGAUGCGGUAUUGACGGAAUCUCCUUAUUCUAUUGGACUUACUUUGAAUGAAUUAUCUGCAGUUUCCACAGAUGACCAAUGGAAUCCAAGUUUUAUUAGUAUAACCCAAUCAUUUACCAGGAAGUUAAUGACUUUAAAUAGUCUUACGUGCUACAUGAAUACCAACUCCCAAGCUCUUAAUGAUGACUCAAUGAGUACUUUGCUUAGCGAGUUCCAACAUCAUCAUAAUGAUGAGCUGAAUAGCUACUUGUUGCAGCCAGUAUCGGGUACUGGACGACUAAAGAUUCAUAAACCUGGAGCAACAGAUUCCACUCCGCAUAUUGAGUCCGAUGUCUUCUUCCAAAAGUUUGCCAUUGAUUUGCAUUCCCAGCAAUAUCAUGAUUUGCUUUGGACAGCUUCGAAAUUCCAUUGGUUCAUCAAAACUAGAAGAUUUAAAAAAUCUAGACCAAAGGUAUCUCCAUCAGAAGAUCCUAAAGCUUGGUUUAAAUAUGCUGCCAAAACCAUUCUUGAUGAAAUUCAUGAAAGAAAUUAUAAAUGGUCUUGGGAAUAUUUUGCCAAAAGAAGAGACUCAAGAAUUAAAUAUGUUUCUUUAUGGAAGAAGCAUUUAUCUGAGAGUUUAACUCCGGAAGAAGAAGCACAACUUGAAGAACUUCAUUUUGAAUUGUCUUAUGAAGAUAUUCGGUUCUAUCGUUCUUUAGCCAGAAACGAGUUGAAGAAAGAAAGAGUAGAGCUUGCUCAGCAUCAUCAAUUAAGUAACAAGCAACACGAGCAACCACAGAAUAAGGGAUGGUUUUCGUCUUGGUGGUCUUCUGAUACUGCUAAUAAGACUGAGCCUACUGAAUCAGAUAAUCACGAUGAUUCUAUUGACUUAUCUUUAAAUGAUGAACAACGCAAAGCUCUUUAUGAUACGAUUGAUUAUGAUGAUUCUCAAGACCUUUCUUCAUCAAUUGAAAUACCCAAAGAAAGGGUUCUUAUUCAAGCUAAUGUGACUUUGGAAAGCGGUGGGUUCUCCAUUAGAUCUGAUAAAUUCCAAGGCAAUUUGGCUGAAAUUGCUUAUGAAGGUUGUAAGGUUCAAUUCUUUCAACGACCAGACUCAUUUUUUACCAAUUUCCAAUUACAAGAGUUUAGAGUUGAAGAUGGAACCAAUACUUCUAUUUUCAAGCACAUUGUUAGUGUGAAACAUCUUCAUUCUCAUUUCCAUGAACAGCCUAAUACUUCUUCAUCUUCAUCUUCAUCUGGCAUUUCCGAUUCAGUACCGUUCUUUCAAGUUGCUUUUGAAAAUAACCCUUUAGAUGGGUCAUCUGAUUCUGUCUUGGUGGGGAAACUAAGAUCAAUGACUAUUUUCAAUAACGCAGAAUUCGUAAAGGAAGUCAUUGCAUUUUUCAGACCCCCAAAGGUUCAUUUAGAUACCAUUGGUGCUAUAAUGAAUGCAGCAGAAGCUUCAUUGGAAGGAAUUACUCAACAAACUCGUAUUGGCUUGCAAUAUGCCCUUGAUGAACACAAAACAAUCAAUGUCAAAUUAGACCUUCAAGCACCAUUAAUCAUUGUUCCCUUGGAUCCUAAAAGCUAUAAAUCUCCAGUAGCAAUAUUGGAUGCUGGUCAUAUUAGUGUUGUAAGUAAUUUGGCAGACAAGCAAAAGAUUGAAGAGAUAAAAGAGAAGGAAACAUAUUCCGAAACUGACUGGGAACAAUUGAGUGAUUUGAUGUACGAUAAGUUCACUGUUGAAUUGAAAGACUCACAAUUUCUAGUGGGAAGUGAUAUAAAAUCAACCAUGGAACAAUUACAUGGGGCCAUUGAUAACAAUACUAGUGAUAAAGAGGAUCGGGUUUCAGCUCUUAUCUUGGAUAAAUUUAACAUGGGCUUUGAAUUAGGGAUCUCCAUUAUGCCUGAAGCGUAUUACUUACCCAAGUUUAAAAUUGGUGGUGAUAUACCUAUGGUUAAUCUCUCAAUUAACGACUUCCAAUAUAAGACUCUUAUGAAGAUUAUGGAUGUGGUGGUGCCUCAAUUUGUUGAUUCGGAUUCUGAAACUGCCAGUGUGUUUGAAACAUUUGGUGGAGGUGAUGAUAAUACGGAUACUGAGCAAUUGGUUGAAGAUUUAGAUGCUCUGGCAUUAGUUGGUGCUCAUACUCCAGCUAUUAAAACUGCUGGUGAAACACAGGUUUCCAAUGCUGCUAAAGAACAACACACUUUUGACUUUGAUUUUAAGGUUGAAGUCAUCAAAGUUUGUCUCAGAAGAUGUGUAGAUGGUACUACACUUCGAGCUGAGAGGUUUAUUGAUGUAGUUGGAAGUUCAUUGAACUUACAUUUGUACAAGACUGAAGAUAACAUGCAUCUUGAGCUUGUGCUUCAAGACAUUGAUCUUCUUGAUCAUAUUGAAUCGUCUGGAAUACCUGAGUUUGAGAAGUUGAUAUCAUCUAAUAAUUUCACUCCUGAAGAGAAUCGGGUCAAGAGUAAGGAUUUAUUUGAGUUGAAAUAUGAUCGAAUGUUAAGAAUGGUUGAUUUUAAAGGUGAAAUGAUUGAAUUGUAUGACCAAUUCAUUGACAUUGACAUAGCAACUGUUAAGUUUGUUUUAACCAGAAAGUCUAUCUUGAGUAUACUUAAUUUUGCAUUGAAUACUUUCACUGAUCCUUAUGCUGAACCAACACCUGCAGAUGUUUUAAUUCAUAAUGAUUCUAGCAACGAAGCGACUGCUCCUCAAAAGAUCCAAGUGAAUUUGAGUCUCGAUAGUAUUAUAGUGGUUUUGAAUGAAGAUGGAUUGAAACUUGCAACAAUGGAAUUGUCAACUGCCAUGAUUGACGUUUUACUUUGGCCACUGGAAAUGGAAGUUAACGGGAAAUUAGGUGGUUUAACGUUACAUGAUGAAAUUAACGAAGGGUCUCCAAGAGAUUCUUCCAUAAGAAAAUUAAUCACUAUGGAUGGUGGGAAUUUGGCUGAGUUCACUUAUAAGACCUUUGAUCCUCUAACCAAUAAGAAGUUAUACAAUUCUCUUAUCAACUUUACUUCUGGACCUCCAACCAUUAAUCUUGUGGAAGAUUCAUUUAAGAGAAUCAUCAACUUUUUAACUUUAUUCUUGAAGAUGAAGGAAGUCUAUGAUACUACAAGAGAUGAUGCUAUAAAUCUAGGAACAGAUUUAAACAAUGCCGAUAAGAUCAAGUUUGAAGUUACCGUGAAUUCCCCAAGGAUCAUAUGGCCCAAAUUGACUACCUUUUCCACUAAGAGACAGUAUGAUUCUGUGACGACUUAUUUGGGAGAAUUUUACGCCUAUAAUGAUUAUGAAGACGUUGAAGAUUUAAUUGUUAAUAAGAUUAAUGUGGGACUACGGAAUGCUACUCUUGAUUCCACUAUUCAUUUCGAUAAUGCUAAGCAAUCACUGAGUAUUUUGAACGGGAUGGAUAUUGUGUUUGGAAUAGACUACGUGGACAAAUAUAAGGCACAAGUGCCCACGUUUUCCAUUACUGGGAAGUUACCUGAGGUUGAUGUCAAUCUUACUGAGUUACAAUUGCAAUAUUUGAAAGAGAUGAACGAAUCCAUAGUGCGAGUCUUUGCUACAGGAGGUGAACAUCAUCAUGAGGAGUUGGAAGAUGCUAAACUCGAUGCCAUUCAUGCUAAUGCGGUCAUGAAGCAUACAGCAGAUCUAAAGAAUCCUGGAACCAGAAGAAGAAGUAGUAUCACCAGUAUGGUUUUAUCAGAAGCAGCCAGUAGUGAUACACCUCCUGAUCAUAUGUUGGUUGAUUUCAAGUUUGAGAUGCCCAAAGUGUCGUUAACAAUCUAUAAUAAUACCCAUGGGUUAGGAGAGUUUAACGAUAAAAAGAUAUCAUUGUUUGCCUUGAAGAACUCCCACGUCAAACUUGCAAUGAAACAAGAUACUCAUUUUGUUUGUGACGUUGAAGUUGAAGCCUUUGUGGUGGAGGAUGUUAGGGUCAACUCCGGGAACAAGUUCAAAGAGAUCAUCCCACCGAUUGAAAACGAUAAGCAGUUUGUAUUAUCAGCAUCAUCUGAUGGGAAACCCGAGAAGAUGAAUGUUGUAGUGGUGCUCGACAUCAAGAAUCCUAAGACCAUUCUAGCGCUUGAUUAUAUGUUCGAGCUUCAAUCUUUUGUUGAAAAGGGUUUAGAAUCAAAGACACCGGUGAUAGACGAAGAAGAAGAACAAGAAGAAGUAGAAGAAGGUGAUGUUAACAAUAAUGAUGUUAAAGGUGACAAAGGUGAUGCUGAUAAUGUUGCAGACCUGGCUUCAGAUUCAAGUAUGACGUUUGGAUUCUCUAUAAAUUUAAAGGAGCCUUCCAUUACUUUGUUAGCUGACAGUUCCAAGAGUGAUACCGAAGCUAUUGUAUUCAACGUGGAGCAAGUUUUGUUUACAAGCCAACAUGUGAUUUCAUUAGCAGCAAAUAACAUUGGGAUGUUCUUAUGUCAAAUGGAUGAUCAAGCGAAUAAGAAUUACCGAAUCAUUGAUAACUUUUCUGUAUCAUUUGCCCAUGAUUCUCGAGGCUCGGAUGCUACUCACUUCCUCUCGAGUAUUGAGGCUUCUAUUGAUCCGAUUCUUAUUCGAGUCUCGUUACGGGAUAUAAGAUUGGCCACUACCAUUUUCAAUCGAGCCAAUGAAUUGUACAACAAGACCCAUAUGAGUAAACGUUCGAAUCAACAAGAUCCAUCGUUCUCCAAAGAGUUCCAAAAGGCAGUGUCUUAUUAUGCACCUAGUAUUUUAUCUAAUCGGUCUAGGCUUUCUCAUAAUGCUGGAGGCGGUGAGGGUGGUGCUUUCCCCGGUGGAGCAGCAGCUUCCACUACUAUAGUUAAGGGAGAGGUGUUGAAUGUUUCUUUGGGUGGAGCCAGAUUUGUUCUAUUAGGUGAUGUUCACGAUAUGCCAGUGCUUGACUUGAAGACAAAUCCUUUUGAUAUAAAGGCAACAGAUUGGUCGACUGAUUUAUAUGCGGAAACAACGUUUGAAUCGUAUAUAAACAUCUACAACUACGCCAGAAGUUGUUGGGAACCAUUGGUAGAGCCUUGGCCUGUUUCUAUGUAUGCUUCAAAGAAGUCUGGAAUUAAACAAUGCUUACUGAUUGACAUUAUUGCUAGAGAAUUGGCUCAAGUGACUGUAUCUUCCAGAUCAGUUGCUCUUCUUUCUCAGAUCUUCUCCAGAAUGUCAUCUGAUAUCGAAUUGAAACCAAGAGGUGAAGACAGCCCUUAUAGAAUCGUUAACCAAACGGGUCUUGACGUCAAAGUGUGGUCUAACAAGGAAAGUAGUGAUGAUGACGAUGACAAUAACGCAACACUUAUCAAAUCUGGUGAAACUAUUCCCUGGGCCUUUGAGAGUUGGACUAAGGUUAGACAAGAUCUUGAUGUUGAUACCAAUACUAUUGCUUUGGGGAUAACUUUUAUAGAUGGAGUUUAUGAUGAUCUUCAACAAGUGGCAUUGAAUGGUGAAGGUGUUCAAGUCUAUAUGUUAGAGCCUGCCAGGAAUAAAAUCCAUAACAGAUUAUUAUGUGAUAUUACUCUUGGUGAAGAUAAUGUCAAGACUGUUGUGUUAAGGUCUACGGUUAAGAUUCAAAAUGACUCUGAUACGGGUAUUAAUAUCUUAUUAUUAGAUGAAACUCAUAGUGAAAAUAAUGCUGAAUUACUUAUCCCAUCAGGAGGAUCUUAUGCUGUUCCAAUAAAUUCAGUUUAUUAUUCAAGAUUAAGUGUUAGACCCAACGUUUCAACGUCCUACAAUUGGUCCAAAGAGAAACUAUUCUGGCAAGAUAUGUCAGCAGCAAGUACUUCAUUAAGUUGCGGAGCAUCUGCUUCCAACGACAAUUCCUUCUAUUAUUAUCAUGCUGUUGGCCAUGUUGCAGAAGACGAACCAUUGGCUACCAUUUAUCCAUUUAUGAAUGUGGCCAUAUCUGCACCCAUUGAAAUUGAUAACUUGCUUCCUUAUGAUUUGGAAUACAGAUUGUAUGAUAAGAAUAAUGAAAGAGAAUGGAAGGGUAGACUCUCCAAGGGUAUGAAGAAUUAUGUUCAUGUUGUUAGCUUAAAGAGUUUACUCUUGUUAAGUGUUCAAGCUAUAGGGACCUCAUUUAAAAAAUCAGAAUUUGCUAUUAUCAAUAGUCCUAAAGGAUAUAAGUUUCCUCGGGAAAACAAAUUACCCAUGAGAGGACCUAGAGGUAUGGAAAUGACAUUGAAGAUCCAUUAUCCAUCUUCCUCGAAGACCAGUGCUGGGUCUAAAGCCGUAUUGUAUGCACCAUAUGUUAUUCUUAACAGAACAGGCAAGGAAAUAACUAUAAAAGAUGGGAAUAACUCCAUAGUAUGUCCUGCUAGUGAACGAGAUCACUUCACUCCAUAUAUCUUUUCAUUUGUUAAUGAAGAGAAUAAAUCCAAUAGAGCCUUUUUACAAGUGGAAGACUCUCUUCCAACUUCCCCCAUUAGUUUUGAUGCUAUUGGGCAAAGCUCGGCUGCCACUGCCCAAAUGCAAGGUCGACAAUUGGAAUACAAUAUUGGAGUUCAUGUUUCAGAGGGAGAAGGGAAAUAUAACUUGAGCAAAGUGGUGACUUUCACUCCACGAUAUGUGGUUCGAAAUCUUUUGGAUGAAGACAUUGAGGUUAUUGAAUCCGGCUCCACCCAAAGGUUCCAAGUGGGGUCUAAAGCCAUUACUCCAUUAUAUGGUUUAAGAAGAACUAAAGAUAAAAACAUUAUGAUCAAAUUCACCCAUUCAUCCAAGACUUGGACUGCACCUUUUUCUAUUAAUGAGGUUGGACAAAUCUUUGUUAAAAUCAAUAAACUGGAUGUCCAAGUAUUGGUCAAGGUUAAUCUUGUUAUUGAGGAUGCAACGUUAUUUAUUCAAGUUGAAGAUGCCAAUGAAGAGUGGCCAUUUUCCAUUAGGAACUUCACCAACCAUGAAUACUACAUCUACCAACUGAACCCUAAUUUGAACAGUGAAGGUGAACAAGUACGCAAUGAUUAUUAUAAGCCGAUAUAUUAUAAGAUCCCUCCGAAAUCGGUGAUGCCAUAUGCUUAUGAUUAUCCAAGUGCAAUAGUCAAAGAGAUUAUCGUAAGAACAAGAGGAAGAGAAAGACCAGUUAAUCUAGCAGAAAUUGGUAAUCAAAAACCCUUUAGACUACCACCUACUGAGAAUUUAGAACAAGCAAUAAUUGAUUUGAAUGUUAUUGCAGAUGGUCCAUCUCAAUGUCUUGUUAUCACCAACUAUGACCCUUCUUUGAGUCUUUAUAAGUUGAAGAAACAAGGCUCAUCCUCGUCUUCUUCAGCUAUUGAAGUGGACAAGAUUGAGACUUUGGAAAAUAAUGACUUUUAUUAUACCAAAUUGAUGUUCAAGAGUGAAGGUGUGGCCUUCUCUCUUUUGAAUACCAGAAUGCAAGAAUUGGUAUACAUUACCACUAGAGGGAUUGAAUUAAGAUAUAAUGAACUGGAUAUUUAUCAAAACAUUAGUGCCAAAGUGAAAUGGAUCCAAAUUGAUAACCAAUUGAAUGGGUGUGUUUUCCCCAUUAUAUUAUAUCCAACCGUUGUUCCUAAAUCAAAUAAUGAAAUGAAUUCUCAUCCAACACUACUGGCUUCCAUAGUAAAAGUCAAAGAUGAAACCCAUGGAGUGGUGUUUAUUAAAUAUGCCACUAUAUUACUUCAAGAAUUGACUCUUGAAAUAGAUGAAGACUUUUUGUUUGCACUCUUGGACUUCACCAAGUUUCCUGGUGCUAGUUGGAACCACAGAUUACAAGAUAAACUCUGUGACGAGAAUACUGAAUUGCCUGUUCCACUGAAAUCUUUGAAUGAUAGUGAUUUCUAUUUCGAAACCUUGCAUCUUCAACCCAUGUCGUUGAAUUUGAGUUUUGUCAGAACAGAGCAUAUCAAUACCCAAGACGAAGAUAAAGCUGGAGGCAACAGUAAUGGCAAUACCUUAAUGUUCUUCUUCAACAUGUUAACCAUGGCUAUUGGCAAUGUCAAUGAGGCUCCUAUCAGAUUGAAUUCAUUGUAUAUUGAAAACAUCCGAGUCCCAGUCCCAGUACUUAUUGAAACCAUUCAGACCCAAUAUGGACAAGAUUUCUUUUAUCAAGUGCAUAAGAUCUUAGGAUCUGCCGAUUUCUUGGGGAACCCAGUCGGGUUGUUCAAUCAAAUCUCUUCUGGGUUUUUGGAUAUCUUUUAUGAACCGUAUAACGGGUUUAUUAUCACAGAUAGACCUCAAGAAAUCGGUAUUGGAUUAGCCAAAGGUGGUGCCAGUUUUGUUAAGAAAUCGGUGUUUGGAGUAUCUGAUUCUGUUGCUAAAGUCACAGGAUCAAUUGCCAAGGGGUUAUCUGUGGCUACUUUGGAUAAAAAGUAUCAAGAACGAAGAAGAAGGUUGGUUCAAAAUAGAAACCGUCCUAAAAAUGCCCUAUACAAUUUUUCAACUGGUGCCACUUCAUUCUUUGAUUCGGUAUCUUCUGGUGUUAGUGGAAUAGCCACUGCUCCAAUUGAAGGAGCAAAUAAAGAUGGAGCAGCUGGCUUCUUUAAAGGGUUAGGUAAAGGUAUAGUUGGGUUACCUACCAAGACAGCUAUUGGUAUAUUUGAUUUUGCAUCUAAUAUGAGUGAAGGCAUUAGAAAUUCCACCACCAUGUUUGAAUCUUCAGAAUUGGAUAGGGUCCGAUUACCACGAUAUAUUUCGUAUGAUCGAGUGAUUCGACCAUAUUCUGACCGAGAGGCAUUAGGUCAGAAUUGGCUUAAUGUCAUGGAUGAAGGGUUAUAUUUCAAGGAGAAAUAUUUGGCUCAUUUGCUUUUAAGUGGUGAGGAAAGGGCAGUGAUUGUUACCUUCAAAAAGAUCAUCUUACUUCAAGUUCAUACCUUGAAAUCGGUCUGGGUGAUCCCCUAUGAUCAGAUCAAGGUUAUCACCAUUGAAUCCACCGGUAUCCAAAUCGACUUGAAGACUCGGUCCGGUCCGUUCAUUCCUAUACCGGAUCGUGGUGGAAGACAAUUCUUGUAUAACCGGAUGUCUGUUGCGGUGACGGAGUACAACAAUAAGUGUAAGUGGGCCAAUCAACAAGUCUUUGGCUGGACGAGAAAGCAGAUGAACGCUGAAGGCAUCGGAGCCAAAGAAGGCAAUGUUGAGGGUUUCGCUGUGAUGAACUCCACUACUAAAGCAUUGGUGCUUUUAUCUUGUACUCUUCCUGGUCUUAUAUGUGGUACACUUUACGUGUAUUCGUCAUUCAGUCCCCAAUUGGCUGGUCAACUUCAAUAUUCAGUUACAGAAGCCUCCAUUUUACCCUUGAUAGGAACAGCUGGGGUUGCACUUUCCAGUCCAAUAAGUGGUCUAAUGGUCGAUAAGAAUGGGUAUACAUUGCCAUUAUUAUUGGGUGGCGUUUCCAUUGCGUUGGGAUAUAAAGGCUUACAAUUACAAUACGAUAAUCAAUAUGGUCAUUUACAAUUAAGUGGAUUGUUAUUGUUUAUGAUUGGUAUUGGGUCUACAUUUAUCAAUCUGGUGACUCUUAACUGUUGUGCUGUUACAUUCCCAACCAGGAGAGGUUUAGCUACCUCAUUACCAUUGGCACUUUAUGGUCUAAGUGCUUUGUUUUAUUCCUCAAUAUGUUCUACCUUCUAUGAUGAUGACCCCAGUGGCACUUCUCUUGUUGAUGAUUGGAAUAUAGAGAUCCCCACAUCACCAGUAGAGUCAACAGAAGCAAAAGAAACGAAGUCACAAAUAUCAUCACCAGUUACCACUAGUACUACUACUUCUGAAUCGUUACAAGAUAUAUUAUCCGAUCUACGCAAACUAAGAGAACUGUUGAUUGCUAAUCCAUUCACAGAUUUCACUCGUCAAGUGUUUCUCUUCUCAAUGCGCAUCUCUAGCAACAUUGGCCAUUAUCAAUCAUAUUUCCCUAGUGCAAUCCACCUUCUCGCCAAUGAAGAGUGUCUAAGUCCUUUAGAAGUUCAAGAAGUGGCCACAGUUAUGGUCCUUCACUUAAGUCAUCAUAAUAAUGCUAAUGGUUCAGCUUUGAUAUACUAUUACAAGUAUCUAAAUGAUGAUCAUCGUUUACUUCAAGUAUUAACUUCAUGGAUAGGUUGUGAUUAUUAUCUGUGGAUUCGAAUAUACAACAGUGAAUCCAAUCCUUAUAAACUGCGUUUAAUGAGAUUCGGAUUAAAGAGAAUGUUAGCUCAUUUAAUCCAAUGUCUAGAGAAACUGUAUUUCACUUUACCUUCGACUUAUAUGGAUGAAAUCUUACCUAACGGAAUUACUCUAAUGGCAUUGGAAGAUGAUUAUGGCGUUCAUUGGAAACGACAAAAUAACACUUUGAUUAUUAGAGAACGUAAAUCAGUUUCAAAGCCAUAA